AGAUCCAGUUGUCAUUGAGGGUUCGGAAUGACAGGAAGGGUAGAAGGGGGUUUCGGUCUGGGACAAGGCUACAACUGACGUUAGGCCGUUUUGUUAUGUUGUCCAUUCGUUCUGAAAUGUCUCACGUCCACCAGGAUUUAUCCUCACAGUGAUAUUGGCAGAAUGAAAUUUUACUUUUUCGAGUCGUGCAACGUUCAAAAUUACCUUGCUCGGGCCAGAUAACAGACGUUAAUUCUUUUACUUUUCCCCCUCGGCGAUUAUUUUUUUACUUGCGCUAGCGAUGGAUUCUUCAGUCACGAUUCUCGAGUUGAAGCAGGAAGUGGAAAGACUCACGAGGGAGUUGGACCAGGCGAGCAGCGAGAAAAUCCAGUCUGCCCAGUAUGGCCUGGGACUCUUGGAAGAGAAGGAAAACCUUCUUCAACGAUGCGAAGAACUAGAAAGCCUAUACGAAAAUACAAAAAAUGAACUGGACAUUACUCAGGAGGCAUUGGCUAAAUUCCAGACAACCCACAAGGUUACUAAAGAAUCUGGUAUUGAACAGGAACAAUCACUGUUAACUGAAUCUGCAGCUAUGGAAACAUCGUUAAACUCUACUAUUUUAGACUUAGAAAACGACUUGAGACAGAUAAGACAAGAAUUGGACCGAGCCGUUGAAGAAAGAGACAGGGUUAUACAGGAGUACAAUGAUUUGAAUAAAGUGAAACAAGAAGCUGAAAAAGAGCGGAAACAACUAAGAUCAGAGUUAAGAGAACUAAAGCUUAGAGAAACACGCCUUUUAACUGAUAACUCAGAGCUCGAGGAAGAAAAUAUAAGCUUACAAAAGCAAGUGUCAGGAUUAAAGUCCUCUCAGGUUGAGUUUGAAGGUGCAAAACAUGAAAUAAACAGGCUCCACGAAGAGCUUGAAGUUUAUCAACAGCAAGUAGACGAACUAACCAAAUUAAAAAAGAUCGCUGAAAAACAAAUGGAGGAAGCUUUGGAAUCUUUGCAGGCCGAGAGAGAAGCCAAGUAUGCUAUGAAAAAAGAAUUAGAUCAACGUUUAAAUAGUGAAUCGAUGUAUAAUCUGAGUAACCUAGCCUUCAGUAUAAGGAGUAUGGGAGAAGAGGGUGCUCUUGGCAGUGAUGAUGAUGAUCUUCCUGUGCUUAAGAGAUUCGAAGCAGACCUUAACAACACCGAAUUAGCUUCUCCAGAAGCUAAACACGUCGAUUUAUUCAGUGAAAUCCAUUUGAAUGAAUUAAAGAAACUUGAAAAGCAACUUGAACAGGUCGAAGGUGAAAAAGUUGCAUUAGUUCAGACUUUGAGAGAAUCUCAAACGAGCGCAGAGAGAUACCAGUCAGAUUUGCAAAGUCUUAGAGGACGGAUAAUCAAAUUGGCUUGUAAUAUUGAUACUUUACAUAAUUUGGCUCAUCCUCAAAAGGAUACAAGCACCUUUAAUAAUUCUCAAAAUUGGUUUAAAUUGGCCCAAGCUGAAAUUGACAUAUGUAAACAAGAAAUAGACUUAAUAGAUAAGAAUCUUAAUGUGUCGGAUAUUACUGCCACAUUGCGACAAGAGCUUACAUCAUACAAAAAUAAGCUUAUUUUAACCGACCAGAAACUCAUGGAGUCCCAAGCUGAGAUUAACCACUUAACAAAUAUUACAUCGGAUGCAAAUACUUGCUUGGAACAAGCUCAUAAUGAUCUUACGAAUAUAUCUGAUGAGCUGGCACAGAUGUACCAUCAUGUUUGUACCGUUAAUGGAGAAACUCCAAACCGUGUGUUGUUAGAUCAUGAAAAACAUUUGAAUACAGGAGGAGAAAAUAAACUGACUGAACAGAAGGAAGAGACAGCUGAAGAUACAUUACCAGAUGCCGCUGCACUGUCACGAAAGGUUGAAACUAUCUUGGACCAAAUCAAACAUCUUAAAACAGCCGUUCAUCGCACCAUCGGAAGAGCCAAAGCAGGCGGACAAAAUUGCUCAGACAUUUCCUUCAGCAGCCUCGGUCCGGACGAAGUCAGUGAACUUCAGGAGCAAGUUAUAAAAUUGAAAUCACUCCUGAGCACCAAGCGAGAACAGAUCGCAACACUUAGAACAGUGUUGAAAUCGAAUAAAAAUACAGCUGAGUUCGCUCUAUGCAAUUUGAAAUCAAAGUACGACAAUGAGAAAGCAGUUGUAUCAGAAACAAUGAUGAAACUCAGAAAUGAAUUACAUAUGCUAAAAGAAGAAGCUGCCACAUUUUCAAGUUUACGAGCUAUGUUUGCUGCCCGAUGUGAAGAAUACGUCACUCAGGUUGAUGAACUUCAACGCCAAUUGACUGCUGCAGAAGAGGAAAAGAAAACGUUGAACCAAUUGCUUAGAUUGGCCGUUCAGCAAAAAUUAGUCUUGACCCAGAAAUUAGAAGAUUUGGAGGUGGACCGUGAAAUCAGGAAUGCAAGAAGACCCAUUUCAAACAGUACUAAUCGUGGAAAUUUAAAACCGCGAUUUUCUCAGUCAUCAAGAGCUAGGGACUACUUCUAGUUUUUAUGUAAUGUUUAUAAGGCAGUUAAGUAUUUUUCGAUACUUUUUAUACUGAAUAGUAAUAUUAGACUCAGAUAAGUUAACACCAGUCAGCUAUCAUGAGCUGUGACUAUUUCCAAUUUUUAAACAUAAAAAUGAUUAACUUUUAUUUAUAGACUGUUUUACUAAUAAAGACAAAAUGGGGUAUCUCAAUUUCCCUGUACUUUUCUACUGGUUAUAGAAUUGUAUUUGUUUUUAUUAAUAUACUUUCAUAAGACUAAUUAAUUUAUUCAUGACUUCCAAAUAAAAGUCAAUUUUUUCUUAUUGCCAGUAAACCAGUGGAUUAUAACUUGAAGUCACACAUUUGUAUAUAUUCUUGUAUAUAGAAUUCAUUAGAAAUGACACACUGAGCUCGUGUGUAUAGAAGAAUAUGAAGUUUUAUCAAUUUGUAAAAUAAUUUAUGAAUAAUAGUUUGUUUGAAUAUGUUUGAAAAUUCUUAUUCCAUUUUAAUACAACCGUUAGUUCACUCGUAUUUAGAGUGUAAGAUACUUUGCUAUAAAAAUUUCCCAAUUACGCUUAUUUAUCAGUGGAAUCACUAAAUUUUGAACAUGAGUGUUGUGAUAGAAAAGUCGAUGUCUCUGGGAUCGAAGCCACAGUUGCCCAGUAGGCUAGUGUAGGGUACUGUUCCGAAGACCAUGGAUUCAAAACCCACAUUUUUAUCUCAAAUCUCAUGUCAAAAAUUAGUAAAUGCAGUUUUCUGUCAUUUUUCUCCCUGGUACUUGCAGCAACGAACAUCAAUAAAAAAAAUUCUAUAUACGUUGUAUUUCGUGUUAUGUAAUUAAUCUAGGUUGGAAAUUACACAAAUUAAAUUCUGUCCGGACUUCUCGCAUGUGACAUGCACUACAGCAACUGUGGUGCAAUUAAUUAUUUAUUCCAUCAAAACAACUGUUAACUGUAAUUAGAAGUUCAACAUUAUUUUUCUUAAUCUGUAGAAUUUAUUAUCCCUUUCAGGAUGGUAAGUGUGAUAGUGCUCUUGCUUCCCCGAGUGAGGUACGGAGAGCCAGUCAUCACGCUCUUGCUUCCUCCAGUGAGGUACCUAAGUACUUAGAGACUUACCUAAAUUCUUUAGAACCUGCCUCAGUACCUGCAUAGAGAUAAGGAUGAGCACAUAUCAUCUCUCAGUAUCUCACUUGGGGGAUGCAGUGUGCUCUGACCAUCCUGAAAGGGUUAUGUAAUAAAAAACCUAACUAUCUUUACCUCUAUGGUAGUGAUAAAAUGUUAAAGAAAAUAAUAAAACCUAAAAAUUAGCUUAACUAAAGAUGACCAUAAUGUCCAAUCUUCAAAAGCUUAACAUUUUAAUUUCUAAUGGAAAAAGAA